CGUUUCCACUCUCUGUUCCACAAAAAGAAAUUAUCAGACGCAAAUUCAAGAAAAAUAAGACAAACCCUUUUCUUCCUCUCUCUGUGAAAGUUCCAAAAUCACUGGAUUUAAUGAAUUUGUGGCCGCUUGUGUUCCUCUCCUUUUUGGUCACCCACAAAUAAUAUUCAUAUAUAAGCCAUUUAAAAAAAAAAAAAAAAAAUCCGGAGCUCAAAAGUCUAGCCUUCGAAGCUUUUGAGGAUUUAUCGGAGAAAGCAACAAAUGCAUUUGAGCUUGACGAAGCUUCUCUCUUCUUCUUGAUUUCUGCAGUCUUAUUACUAUGCUUAUGCUGGACUCGAUCAGUUUUUCACAUGUUCCCAAGGGACAUGAUAUCAUCAAGCAAACAAGCCCAAUUAGGGGAAGGGCAUGCUCAAAUGAUAUAUCACAUCUUUAUGUACAUAGUUUUAGAACUUCACAUUCUUCAAAGCAGCAAAUGAAUUUGCCUUCACAUGGCUUAAGUCAUAGGACAAGUAGCUUCUUUCUUUCAGGAAAUGUCUCUGAAGACAGAAUUUUGUUGACAUCUUUAGUGUCUGGUUGGAGAGGAUUCUAUCUUCCCAAACACAAAAUAGGCCAUUUGGAAAGAUCUCGAAUUUAUGCAUCAGUAGAUGUUGCUACUGCUGUAGAUGUCAUCAAUGAUUUAGGAUUGGAUACUUUGACAUUCUUAGCAGUGACUGUGGUGGUUGUUCCUGUGUUCAAGAUCAUUAGAGCUAGCCCUGUACUUGGUUUCUUCUUUGCUGGGAUUGUGCUCAAUCAAUUUGGCUUCAUUAGAAAUCUCACAGAUGUGAAAGUUCUAUCUGAAUGGGGAAUCCUUUUUUUGCUGUUCGAGAUGGGCUUGGAGCUUUCACUUGCACGUCUAAAAGCUCUAGCAAAAUUUGCCUUUGGCAUGGGAUUAACUCAGGUUGUAUUAUCCACUCUUGCUUUCACAGCAUUUGAACUUCCACCUAACGGAGCUAUUGGAACGAGAAUUUUGGAGUUCCUUUUCCACUCCAGGUCUGAUUUGGUCAACAUCAGAAGCAUUGAUGAGGCCAUUGUUAUUGGUGCUGCUCUUUCUCUGUCUUCUUCAGCUUUUGUUCUGCAGCUUCUUGCAGAGAAAGGUGAGCUUCCAACAAGACUUGGCUCAGCAACUCUUGGGAUUCUUCUUCUGCAGGACAUAGCAGUUGUUCCUCUCUUAGUCAUACUUCCUGUGUUAGAGAGCCAGAAUCUGGUUGAGGAAAGUAUCUGGCCAAUGCUUGCUAAAGAAAGUUUAAAGGCUUUAGGUGGAUUGGGAUUGCUUUCUCUUGGGGGAAAAUAUAUUCUAAGGCGAGUUUUUGAGGUUGUGGCAGAAGCAAGGAGCUCAGAAGCCUUUGUUGCUCUUUGUCUGUUAACAGUUACUGGGACUUCCCUUAUCACACAAAAGUUGGGCUUUAGUGAUACGCUUGGAGCAUUUUUAGCUGGGGCAUUGUUGGCAGAAACAAAUUUUCGGACACAGAUAGAAGCUGAUAUAAGGCCAUUUAGGGGGUUACUUCUUGGUUUAUUUUUUGUGACUACAGGGACUUCUAUUGACAUGCAGCUCCUGUUCCGAGAGUGGCCAAAUGUAAUUUCACUGUUGGCAGGUUUAAUCAUCAUCAAGACACUGAUAAUAAGUGCAAUAGGUCCCCGUGUUGGGCUUACUAUGCAAGAAAGUGUAAGAAUAGGAUUCCUACUAUCACAAGGAGGCGAGUUUGCAUUUGUAGUUUUCUCUCUGGCAAACAGGCUUGGUGUGCUGCCGCUUGAGCUUAACAAGCUGCUUAUAAUUGUAGUUGUUUUGUCAAUGGCAUUAACUCCAUUGCUUAAUGAAGCUGGAAGAAGAGCUGCCGAUUUUAUUGAUGAAAAAUCUGAGACAGAUAAAGCUACUGAGAUGGUGAACUUUGAUGCUAGUGAACCUGUUGUGAUCCUUGGAUUUGAACAAAUGGGUCAGGUCUUGGCCAAUUUCUUGUCUGCUCAGUUAGCUGCUGGAGUGGAUGGAGAAGUUGUAGGAUGGCCUUAUGUGGCUUUUGAUUUGAACCCUUCUGUAGUGAAGGCUUCUCGGAAACUUGGUUUUCCGAUUCUGUAUGGGGAUGGAUCACGUCCAGCUGUAUUGCAAACUGCUGGUAUCUCUUCUCCGAAGGCUUUCAUGAUCAUGUAUACAGGAAGGAAGAGGACAAUUGAUGCUGUUCAAAGGCUCCGACUUGCUUUUCCUGCAGUCCCAAUUUAUGCCAGAGCUCAAGAUCUCAUGCAUCUUUUAGAUCUGAAGAAAGCAGGAGCAACUGAUGCUAUUCUAGAAAACGCAGAGACAAGUUUACAGCUAGGCUCUAAGCUUUUGAAGAGUCUUGGUGUCAUGUCUGAUGAUGUAGACUUUUUAAGUCAGCUUGUUCGAGACUCCAUGGAGUCGCAAGCUCAAGAAGCACUGAACAAAACUGAUGAUCGAGAAUUUGAUGUUAUGAAACCAUUGCAGGUAAGAGCGGCUGAUUCACUUGGGGCCCAGGCAUCCAUUCCGGCAACCUCACCUGAAGACAAACUAUUAGGAAGCAAGCAGACAGAUGGAAUUCAUGUCUUGCAGUCGCAGGGGAAAGCUAAUGAGCUCCAGCAAUCAGAGGAUCUGCAGGGCAAGGGUGUUUUGUACUGUGAACUAGGUACUGAGAAUGGCAUUAUGGUUAAUACUGCGGAUGAGGAAAAUAUGAUAACUGCUGAAUAACCGUGAGAAUGCAUAGACUUCAGUCUCCAUUCAUCUUCCUAAGAAGAUUUGCUCCUGCAGCUUCACUGAAGUUCAGCUAGUGCUUUAGAAAGUGACCAAUUUUGUUGCUGGGACUAACACUAGGGAAAGGAUUAAGCUAAAUCUUUGAGAAAAGUUAGCUGCAACUCUAAUGCUCUAUACAAGUUUCCCAUUGUUUUGAAACCACCCCAUCCCCAUGCAUAUUGUUGAUAUUGAUAAAUUGAUUAGCAAUGAAAGAGGUGCCUUAUUUGAAAAGAAA